CUCGCUCCUUCCAACAGGAAUUAUGUAUAUGCUUUAUACCUCGGGGUAUUGUCGGAAAACAAACAGGAUCAUGGGGUCCUAUCUUCCGGUAAUGGCGGCCAUGCUAUUAUCAUUGGGGAUUGUCUCAGAAGUGGAGGGAGUACCUGCCUUGGAUAGCUUUUUGUCUACCUCCGAUUUGAUAAGGAAUUCUAUAGACCAGGCUGUUCGGGAUGUCAACAGUCAAAGGACACUAGAGAAAAAAUUCUACCUACAAGGCACGGAUUUGUUUCCUGAAAAUGGAGCCUUCAGCUGGCAUCAUUCCAAGUUCCAAGGUUUUGACGAUCCCAAUAAAAUAGAGCUACUGAACAAAAAGGCCUCCAUUGUAGUGAAAGCCAUCAAGUACUUCCAACAAAUGUCGGGAAUUUCGCUGGAAGAUAUCAAAUCCGACAGAGAGCUUACCAAGAUUUGGAGAGAAACUAUAAAACCGCAUUGCGAUUGUCCACAACCGAAUUGUAACCUUAGGAACCCCUACCGCACGGCGGACGGCACGUGCAAUAACGUGGGGCAUUCAAAAUGGGGCUCAACCUUCACCCCGCAGCUUAGAUACCUUCCACCUGCAUACCACGACGGUGUCAACAAGCCGCGUCUCAAAAGUACCACAGGAUAUUCGUUACCAAGUCCACGUCACAUUAGCAACGUCAUUCACUGCGCAGACAAAUGUCAGUCGUCUGCAAGAACUCUGACGAUGAUUUUUAUGUCUUGGGGACAGUUUCUGGAUCACGACUUUGUCGGAACACCAAUGACUAAAGGAUUUAAUGAUUCUACUAUUGUGUGUUGCAAGUUGAAUCCUACAACACUGAUGCAGAGGGAAUCUUGUUUUCCGAUAAAGAUCCCAAAGAAUGACCCCUUCUUUAAAUACAAGUGUAUGGAGUUUGUUAGAUCAGCGGCAGCUCCGAAUGAUUUCUGCUUACCAGAGUGGAGAAAUCAGCUGAACCAGCACACAUCAUAUAUAGACGGUUCUAUGGUGUAUGGAGCCACUGAUAAAGAUGCGAAGUCACUCCGUGCUGGAUAUAAAGGUCUCUUAAAUAUGACAUCGGAUGGAAUGUUACCGGAAGCCAAAAAGAGUGACUGUAUAGUAAAGAAACGAUCUGACUAUUGCUUCGCUGCAGGUGAUAACAGAAACAUGGUAGUCCCAUCGCUGACCUAUUUACAUCUAUUAUUCGUCCGCGAACAUAAUAGAAUAGCUGGAGAACUCUCUGUGAUUAAUCCCCACUGGUGUGACGAAACUCUUUAUCAGGAAACAAGAAAGAUCAUUAUUGCCAUCAUACAGCACAUCACAUACAAGGAAUACUUACCAUUAAUUCUUCCUAAACACAUUCUUUCCAAGUAUUCUCUCCUCUCAAAGACAGGAGGCCAUAACACAGUUUAUAAUCCCAAAGUUAAUCCAUCAAUAUCAAAUGUAUUCGGGGUGGCCGCCUUUAGAUUUGGUCACUCACAGAUUCCAAAUCACCAGAUUCUAUUCUCACUUAUGCACACUCCAAUCCAAGUGAAGCCUAUUGAGAAAACAUUCAACCGUCCUUCCUUAACUUUAAGUCAUAACCCACAUGGACGAGGUUAUGAUGGGUUGGGACGCUGGAUGGUCAGCGAUUUCAUGAAUCCAGCCGACAAGUGUUUAGCAGACGGCGUUAGGAACAAACUAUUCUUAGAUAAAGAAUUCAGGAGUCUGGAUUUAGCGGCAUUGAAUAUUCAACGAGGAAGAGACCAUGGAAUUCCGGGUUACAAUGCUUGGAGACAAUUCUGUGGAUUUAAGCCGGUCUAUCAUUUUGGAACUGGCCCUGGGGGUAUGGUUGAUCAUAAGCCGGAAGAUGCUGCUUUAUUUCACUCGUUAUACAGACAUCCAGACGACAUGGACCUAUUUGCUGCCGCUUUAUCGGAGCGCCACCUACCGGGUGGACUAGUCGGACCAACAUUGGCCUGUCUGAUAGCAAAACAAUUUCAUCACUUAAAACUUGGCGAUAGAUUCUGGUACGAGAACCAAUUCCUAUCAAUCGGAUUCACGAAAGCCCAGUUGUACGAAAUUAAAAGAACAAAACUUUCUCGACUGAUCUGUGAUAAUACGCAGAUAUCCGGGGUUCAGAAACACGUGUUUAAACCGCCCAGCAAUCGCAAUGGUAUGUUCCCGUGUAAAGACAGACGAUACUCCCUGAACCUGGAAUUAUGGCGGGAAAUGCCGACGGGAAAACCUGGUUAUAGUGUUCGACAGUUUUCACAGCCUGAUUGAUAUACCGCAUUAAACAAUGCGUGCAUUUUGUCAUAAUCAAAGGACUGUUAAUGAAGUGAACAUUGUGUGUGAUUGGUGCUGUAGUUUGUGUGUUAUCAUUCACUUUUGUUUAAAACAAGGAGAAUGCAAGAUACAUUCUGUGUAUUUAAUUUUGACAAUGGUAAAAAAAAAAUUAUUUUAACUUAUUUUGAUAAUCUUCGUACUAGAAUGAUUAAACAUGAUGUAUUAUCAUUAACUGAAUAAAAUCUUAAAUUUACUGUA